CAGAGAUGAUAAAUAUUUAUUAAAAAAAGAAAAAAAAUUAGUUUACAUUUAAAUUUGCUAUUGUAUUGUCAAUAAUAUAAAAUUGUAUAGGAUGUCUUUCCAUUUGUAUGCUGCUGAUUUAUAUUACACAAAUGUUGUAUCUCAUUGUUGGUCUACAGUUGAGCCAUCUAUCUAUUUUUUUUAACAAUCUAAAUUGUGUACAAAGUUCAAUCUUCCUCCGUCGUUCAAGCCCGUGGUUCAAGCAUUGGUGUACAUAACCUAUAUUUUUAUAUGAUGUGAUGAAUUUAAUACGAAUAGACGACAGAUUUUAUCUUAUCUUUUUUAACGACCUUUAACGACGAAGUUAAUUUUAUAUAUUUAAUAGUUAUUUAUUAAUUUUAAAUUUUAACAAAACAAUAUACUUGCUCAGAAUGUUGAUUUCGAGAUCAUUGCGACAAAUAACACAAAAAUGGUUUAAUAUGCAAAAGAAAACAACACGGAAAGUACGAUCAGUGAAGGAUGCGGUUUUUCGUGGAGGCAUUAUUAUUAUCAGUGCUAUUCUCAUUGUUUGGUUAUCUGUAUUUCUCUAUACAGCGUUUUACUAUGCUUACAUGCCUAGUAUGACAUAUAUGCGGCCUAUACAUCUACAAUUCCAAUCAUGCGGUAACAAAAGAGGUAUGUGCAAUUUUCCAUCAGCCAUGGUAGAAUUGACAAAAAAGCAAAGUCUAUUGAUGGUUGGUCAGCCUUAUAAAAUUAACUUACAUCUAGAAAUGCCUGAGUCUCCUGUGAAUAAAGAACUUGGAAUGUUUAUGGUAUGUGCACGAUUACAUAGUAGGAAUGGCUUUGUUGUGGAGCGUGUCUGCAGGUCAGCAAUGUUGCACUAUCGCAGUACAUUACUACACACACUUAGUACUCUUACAUUUUCACCUAUGAUGAUCUUUGGAACUACAGAAGAGAAACAAACUCUAGUUCUUGAAUUAUUUGGAAAUUUUGAAGAAGAUCAAACUCAUCCGGUUACGUUAAUUUAUGUUGAAAUUGAAUCAAGAUUUAUUGAAUUUUAUUCUGCCUCGUUAGUAAUCAAUGCGCAUUUGUCAGGCCUACGCUAUCUGAUGUACCAUUGGCCUAUUUUAUCAGCCAUCAUUGGUAUUGGAACUAACUUGUUUUUCUUAGCUCUUAUAUCUAUUCUAUCAUAUUUACAUUUGUCUAUGGAAGAAGAAGAUGAAGAAGAGGAGAAUUUUAUUUAUGAGAAAGGCGAAUCAGAAGAAGAGAAAGAUAUUAAGACACUUGGUGAUUCGUCAUCGGAUACUUUAUCUUUGGAAGAUGUUCCGAUGUUAGAAGAUAUUCCAAAACCUCAUGAGGAAGGUCAUUCGAGUCAUCCAUCUGAUCCUAUAUUAGGCGAGCCUAGUUACAUUCAAGAAAUUUCUACCCUCAUAGCAGAAUCAUCUGCCGUUGAAUUUACGAAAUAGUUUGAUUUCUUUAAACGUAUAUGUUACUCGUUGUAAACAACGAAAUAUACCCGAAUUAUAUGUACAAAAAAUAAGACAUCAAAAUGGAUAUAACUACACUUAGAUAUUAUAUAAGGAAUCCGUAGUAAUAUUUAUUCGAUAAUUUAUAUUUAUAGCAAUGGUAUUGCCCUAAGUAUACUGUCGCAACAAAAAACUUAUGUAACAAAUACAUAUGACUGUCUGUAAAUUAAUUUAAUAAGCAAGUGAUAUUUUGCUGUGAAAAUCGAUGUAUUUUUGUAUGUUAGAAAUUAUUUAAAUAUUUAUUCUUAACACUUUGAAACUUCAAUAUAAAUCAAUACAAGCGUAAAUGUAAUGUUACGAAAAGAAGAGAUUGUAUAGGAUAAAAUAUACAUUAGAAUACGUUUUAUAUUAAAUAAGUCUGCAUUUAUAUACAUAUCGUGUAUAUUUUUUCUAGAAAAAUGUAAAAUGGUUAUGUCAAUUAAUUGUUAAAUCAUUUACUACAUGUAUAGUAAUUAACGCUAAACGUACCAUGACUGAUCAAAUAUGUAAAAUUUUGGCAUAAUUUUUUACAAGUUAUAGUACUAUUUGGUGAAUCAAGAAUUCUUAUUGCAUAAGCGGUAUAUUUUUUGCUAAACAUACAUUGUAAAAUAUAUGAUUUUUUAAAGACAGGUCAUCGGUACGUUUAGUAUUAAUAUAGAUAUA